UGUAGAAUAAUGGCAAUACUGAGAGUUAGAUUAUCCUGAGAGUUAGAUUAUCCUCUUCAAAACCAGAGUAGUAGAAUAAUGGCAAUACUGCCGUGCCCAACCGGGCCAUAAUAUACAUAUAGUCUUGGUUUUGCUUGUAGUAAAAUAUACAGCAUAAUGUUACUGCAUAUUGAUACUUACAACAUCAGGACUUGUAGUAUAUGUUAGUAGUACAAUGUUUAGAAAGGAUAUGCAGUUCUGUGAUGACUAUCUUCAAAUACUGUUCUGUGAAGACUGUCUUUGUAUAAUGUUGUAGUAUAAUAUUUGAAGACUGUCUUUGUAUACAAUUCUAGUAUAAAAUUAUAGAGUUCCAUGGCUGCUGUUGUUGUGAUAUUAUAUUUUAGUAUAAUGUUACUACAUAUAAAAUAAUUACAUAAGCAAGCUGCGUGUUUAGUUUGAUAAAGUGCAAGUUUUCUUUUGAAAAUACAGUGGCAAUGUGACAUAUAUAUGGGGUACUGUAGGAUUGUUAUUUUGAUAAAUAUAAGCCUGAUUUAACCGAAAUUCAGUAGAUCAAUUAGUUUAUCAUGUCGGGUGGACUGGUUGAAAAUGAUUGACAUAUCUAGCCUGAUUCCUUUCGUGAUUGAGGUGUUUACCGGCAGAUAUAAUGAUUUGUAGCUAAUGUGGUUAUGUUGUUAUAUUUUACAUUUCUAGUACUUUGGUUCACUUGUAGAGUGCUUGUGCAGGAAAAGAUAUAGUAUGGAUAAGAGUUGGAUGAGGUUGCCUGAUAGGUUUUCAAGUGAUUACAUUUCAGGGGUGAAUGCAUUCAUUGAUUUUGCUUGUCAACAUAACAACGGCAAUGAUAAGAUGCGUUGCCCUUGUGAAACUUGUAUGAAUAUAAGUCAGCAGAGUGUCAGUCAAGUUCGAACCCAUUUGUUAUUGUAUGGUAUACAAACUUCAUACACAAAAUGGAUAUUCCAUGGAGAACAAGUUAGCAAUGAUGAAGACCAAGUUGAUGAGUCACUUGAAAAUGAGGAAGAUCUUGAUGAUUUUGAUGGAUUUGAUAUGGUCCAAGAUCUGCUAGGAGAUAUCCAUAGAGCCACGGUUGGGGUUGACGAGCAAGAGAACCAUAAUCCUGCUGGAGGUAGCAUUCCGGAGCCCAAUGAGUCAUCGACCAGAUUUGACGGCUUGCUGAGAAGUGCACAACGUGAGCUAUACCCGGGCUGCAAAGGCCACUCGGUGCUAUCCUUUGUUUUAAAGCUGGUACACCUCAAAGAUCUUAACCAUUGGAGCAACAAAUCUUUUGACAUGUUACUCAAGCUUCAAAAGGAGGCUUUGCCAGCUGGUAACUCGCUUCCAGCCACGUACUAUGAAGCAAAGAAGAUGUUGAGAGAUCUAGGGCUAGGUUAUGAAAGUAUUGAUGCUUGCAAAAAUGAUUGUGUUCUAUUCUGGAAGGAGCAUGAGGACAAGGAUGAGUGCCCAGUUUGUAAGGAAUCGAGGUGGAAGACACAGAAGGGCAAGGGGAAGCAAGUACCUCAGAAAGUGUUGUGCUACUUUCCCUUAAUCCCUAGAUUACAAUGGCUGUUCAUGAACAAGGAAAUAGCUUCAGAUUUGCGUUAUCAUAGGGAUAAGAGAGUUGUCGAACCAAAUGUGUUGACGGGUCCUCCGGAUGGCGAUGCUUGGAAACAUAUGGAUAAGAAAUAUCCCUGGCUGGAAGAAGACCCUCGCCAUUUGCGGCUCGGGGUUGGCACCGAUGGUUUCAACCCAUUUGGAAUUAUGAGUAGCUCAUAUAGUGUGUGGCCUGUCAUUGUAGUUGUGUAUAACUUGCCUCCAUGGAGAAGCAUGAAAGAGCCCUUCCUGCUCAUGACAUUAUUGAUCCCUGGGAAGAAGUCACCGGGAAGGGACAUUGAUGUGUAUUUGAGGCCAUUGGUUGAAGAACUAAAGCAAUUAUUUAAUCCAGGAGUUGUUACUUUUGACGCUGUUGAAGGAGGUACUUUCAAUAUGCGUGCAAUAUUGCUAUGGACUAUCCACGACCUUCCAGCACUAGGUUCAGUAUUUGGGUAUUCUACAAUGGGCUACAAGGCAUGCCCCUGUUUGCCUAGAUGGAACCUAUUCGCAACCACUUCGAAGCAAAAUUGGUUUCUUAGGCCAUAGGAGGUACUUGCCUAUUCGCCAUAGGUGGCGCAAAAGUAAGGCCUUCAAUGGUAAGAAUGAGAAAGCGUUGCCACCAAAACAACUAUCUGGGAAAGACAUUUUUGAAUUGUUGCAGAAGUUAGAUCAUCUCCAGGGCUUCAAAUACGGAAAACACCCUGGAAAUAAGAAAAGAAAGGCAUCUUCAAAGGACAUGCCAGGGAAAAAUUUCACAAAGAUGAGCAUCUUGUUUGAGCUACCAUAUUGGAAGGAUAUGAAAUUGCCACACAAUCUUGAUGUCAUGCACAUUGAAAAGAACAUUUGUGAGAGCUUAUUCGGGACUUUAUUAAACAUAGAUGGCAAGUCCAAGGACACACUUAAGGCCCGCAAGGACUUAGAAGACAUGAAUAUCAGAGAAGAUCUACACUUGAAUGAUACGAGAAGUAGCGUAGAAAAGCAUCAUGCAUGGUACACAUUAACCAGAGAUGAGAAACUUGAGUUUCUGCAAUUCCUAGAAUCUAUUUGCUUCCCAGAUGGAUUUGCUGCAAAUAUAUCAAAAGGUAUAAGUAAAGAUGGGAAAAUAACUGGGUUGAAGACACACGACUACCAUAUUCUUCUUCAGAGAAUACUCCCGAUUGGAAUGCGAGGAUUUCUGCACAAAGAUAUAUGUGAUGCACUUCUGCAGCUUGGUAGUUUUUUUCGCCAAUUAUGCUCCAAGACAUUGAAGCUGGAUAUCUUGGAUAAGUUGGAACAACAAAUAGUAAUUGUGUUGUGCAAACUAGAAAUGAUUCUCCCACCUGCAUUCUUUGAUAUCAGCGUGCACUUAGCAGUGCAUCUACCACAACAAGCAAGGCUUGGAGGUCCUGUACAAUACAGAUGGAUGUUCUUCGUUGAAAGGUUCCUUGGUACUUUGAAAGGCAUGGUGAGCAAUAGGGCACACCCAGAGGGUUCAAUUGCUGAAGCUUGUGUUAUGAAGGAGUGCUCAACAUUCUGCUCCAUGUAUCUACAUGGAAUUGAGACAAGGUUCAAUAGACAAGAGCGGAACUUUGAUGGGGAGAGACAACCACUUGAUCGUUUCUCGGUAUUCUCAACUAGUUUCCGUGCUUUUGGCCAUAGGGAUGACCUUAUGUUAACACAAGAUCAGUAUGAUUCUUUGUCUUGGUAUGUGCUAAAUAAUUGUGAGGAACUACAAGAAUACCUAUAUGAGCAUGAGGAUGCCCUACUGGUUGAAGGUGCAGAUAAUAUUGAAAAUAGGCAACGUGAACAGUUUGGUUCAUGGCUGCGCCAAAGAGUGAUCAAUCUGCGCAACCAAGGAGCAUCCCUAGUGUCUGACUGUUUGUAUGCAUUGGCAAUUGGACCGCAUAAGAGAGUACACAGAUUCUCAGGAUGCAUUGCUGGUGGUGUUAGAUUCUUGACAAAGGAGCGUGAAGAGGGUCGUAAAAGUCAGAACAGUGGUGUAUGCACAGAGGGACAACAUAAGGGGCAAAAUAUCACAUAUUAUGGUAUUCUUAAAAAUAUAUAUGUCCUGGAUUACCCCAAUGAUCGACAUGUUGCUUUAUUUGAGUGUGAAUGGUAUGAUUUAGAGAGUAACAAGCCUGUGAGGAUCGAUGACGACUUUGUUAGUGUUAAUACAGGAAGCAAGUGGUACCAAAAUGACUCCUUUGUACUAGCUAGUCAAGUGAGCCAAGUCUUCUGUGUACGUGAUACAAAAUUGAAGGGAGAUUGGCUAGUUGUGCAGAAGGCUCCGCAUCGCCAUCUUUUUGAUCCAGAGGUUUGGAAUCAAGUCAAUGAAGAUGAUGCUAGCGAUGAUAUUGCAUUUCAAGAGGAGGAAGCUACCAAUGUUUCCAUAGAUGAAACUUUUGAAGGCAAUAUCUCGUGUCGACAUGAUGUUGCACCAGAAAUUGUUACUGAUCCAAAAGAGUUGGCAUCUUUGAAGGAGAGCCAUGUCUCUCAGGAUAAUUCUGAAGAGGAACCAGAGUAGUAGAAUAAUUAUGUGUUGUAUCGGGUUAUAUGUCUCAUAUUUCAGGUUAUGUUAGACUACAUGUGUCCCGUGUCAGGUUAUAUUAGAAUAAUGGUGUUCUAUUUCAGUGUAUAUCAGACUAUAUGUAUCCUGUUUCAGGUUAUAUCAGACUAUAUGUAUCUUGUUUUAGGUUAUAUUAGACUAUAUAUGUCCUGUCUCAGGUUAUUUCGAAUUAUUAUUGAUACUUAUGAUUUAUUUAUGUUGCCACAAUAUAUCUAAUUACUAUGUAACUCGUGGUUUAUUUCUGUUGACGUAGCAAAUCUGAUUUCCCUAUCUUCCUAAUAUAAACAAUCUGGGUAUUGUUCCAUUCUUUUAAUUCUAUGGCAGAUGGGACCUGGACGAACAGUCCGGCCACCAAGAAAUGCCCCGCAAUCUCAAGGUCAACAUUCUGGGAGUACCUCAGCAUCAAAAUCCAGGAAGGUACGUGGGAUAAAUAAGGGAAAGGGCUUGGAGCGUUUGAUCAAAAGGGCAGGUCAUCCACUAAACUUGACCAUCUCCGAAGAGAGAAGACCUAUUGGAGAAAAUAAUGAAUUACUUUCCAGAGAGAUUGGACUUCUUACACGGUACCAUGCACCAUUCCAACGUGCCGGGUGGCAUAGUCUGACUGAGGAUGAUAAGGAGCCGUUGUAUGAACUUCUAAAGCUUAAGUUCAAUCUUGAUUUCACCCAAGAUCAUAUCAAAGGCUGUGUGGAUCUGCUAUUCUCUUCAAGCUACAAAAGUUUCCGUCACAAGUGUUAUGAACAUUAUGUAAAAUCUGGUGAUGAUGCUAGAAGCAAUCCAUAUCCUCCCCUUAUUGAUAAUAGAGUUGGAGACUGGAUUUGGCUCUGUGAUCAUUUUGAAACAGAAGAAUUUAAGAAAUGGUCCACAAUUGGGAAGGCUAACCGCUCAAACCUACCUUAUGUUCACAAGAAGGGAACAAAGUCAUUUGUAGCGGUUCAACAUGAAUUAAAUUGUGGCGAUAUCAGACUAUACAAGGAGUGUUACUCUAGUGAUAAGAAGGGAUGGGCAUCAGAAGAUGCCAGGAAUAAACAUGAAGAAAUGUUGCAGAAGCAAAAGGAACCUAUAGAGGAGGGUGAAGUACCUUUAACAGAGCAACAGAUUUGCGAGCAUGUGCUAGGUAAGGCAUAGGGUUACGUCAGAGGUCGGGGUCAUGGACCAAAACCAAAUAGAAGGGCUUACUCAAGCGCAUCAAGCUCAACUCAGCAUGUAGUGGAAGAAUUGGCCUCUACAAUGGAGAUUGUUGCUACGCAGCAAACUCAAAUUGAGGCUCAACAAUCUCAACUUGAAGCUCAACAGAAGAAGAUCGAUUGGCUACAAAGUGUCGUGUCUAACUUGGUUGGCAUUUCACCUCCUAUGGACGGCACUAGUGCAACAGGGCUAGGUUUCACAACUGAGUGGCCAAUGCCAUCUGACGGAAUAGGUUCGCUGAUAUCUAACACUGUAGAAAGGAUGUCAAGUUUUCCAAGAUCAUUUGCAAGUCAUUUGAGGCCAGGAUAUAGACCUGCUCCAACUUCUUCUUCUGAUGGCAAUGGCUCUCUGGUGUCGGAUGGAGGGUCCAGGUAUUCAUGAUCAGGAGAUGACCUUGGAGGAGCAGCGGAAAGCAAUACUCGCGUUAAAGACUGAGAAGAGAAAACUAGUUGGAUCUAAAGAAAAUUCAGUGUACAAAUGCUAAAUGUAAUGUUUGGAUCAUAUUGGGGUUUACUGAUUGGAUCAUAUGUUCAGAUCAGUACUAAACGUGGUACUGUACUUUGCAAAUGCUAGAGUGGUAUUUCCUACUUGCAAAACAAAAUUCAGUUUAGCAUGUAAUGUUUGGAUCAUAAGUUUACAAAUGUUGAUUCUGAACUUCUGAAUGUUGAUUCUGAACUGCCAAAUGUCUAAAAUUCUGAGAUUUCUUGCA